AUGGAAGCUCUGCUGUUCAACGUUGAUAGCGGUUUCUUGGAAGCCAUAGUGCGCGGUUACAAGGCUGGCAUCCUCUCCCAGAGUCAUUAUGCCAACCUGACCCAGUGCGAGUCGUUGGAAGAUUUCAGGACCCAACUCUCAGCUACUGACUAUGGCAACUUCCUUGCCAAUGAACCGUUACCUCUGUCUACAUCUACCAUCGCCGACCGGGCCACGGGCAUCCUUGUCGACCAGUUCAACUACAUACGAACCAACGCUGUUGCUCCUCUCAGCAAGUUCCUAGAGUAUAUCACCUACGGAUACAUGAUCGAUAAUGUCGUCCUCCUGAUCACCGGAACGCUGCAUGAGCGAGACACACACGAACUGUUGGAAAGAUGUCACCCUCUGGGUGUGUUUGACACUAUGCCCGCCCUCUGUGUCGCGACCAACGUGGAGGAGCUGUAUCAAAGCGUCCUUGUCGAAACCCCCCUCGCCCCGUACUUUCGCGAUUGUCUCUCAGCAUCGGAUCUAGAUGAUCUCAAUAUUGAAAUCAUCCGGAACACAGUCUACAAAGCAUAUUUGGAGGACUUUCAUCACUUUUGCUCAUCGUUAGGUUCGCCUACCUCGGACGUAAUGCAGAGACUCCUUUCUUUCGAGGCCGACCGUCGAACUGUGAACAUAACCAUCAAUUCCUUUGGUACGGAACUGUCGAAGGAACAACGCGCCAAGCUCUUCCCCGCCAUUGGCCGUCUCUUCCCGGAAGGCAACAAUCAACUUGCAAAAGCUGACGACAUAGACCAAGUGAGGGUGGUCUGCGAAAACAUCUCUGAAUACCGCUCUUUCUUCGACGGUGCUUCUUCCUCUGCCAACGGUGAAAGUCACGGCACCAUGUCGCAGCUCGAGGAUCGAUUCUUCAACAUGGAGGUCCAUCUAAACAAACAGUCUUUCCUCCAGCAGUUCCAGUAUGGCGUCUUCUACAGCUAUAUGAAGUUAAAAGAGCAAGAGAUUCGUAAUUUGACGUGGAUAGCGGAGUGCAUUGCACAGGAUGCAAAGGAUCGUAUCCAGGACUUCAUACCCAUAUUUUAA